AUGUCGACGCCGGUAGCGGAAAAUGCCUUGGAAAAGGCACGUCGACUCCGUAAAGAGAUGCGUCAAAACUCGUCAGUUAUGAUGGAUUACGAAACCGAAUUAGCAAAUCAACGAGAACAAAACCGCAAGCAACGUGCCGCAGAGCGUGAAGUGGAGCUAGAAUUAGAGGAAAGGAGAACUAGAUCGUCGGUACUACGACGGGCUGCCUCGGAUGUUGCCAGUUCAAGUAUCAGAUCGUCAGUCACGAGUAAUAUUCCAAAUGGAUUGAUUAGCAGCAGCACACCUCACGAUGAGUUGAGAAGGCUUGAAGAAGAAUCUAUAUUGAGGAUCAAGAAACGUGCAAAUCAGCUGGAAGAGGAACGAGAGAAAUUGGAACAAGAGCUGCGACGUGGAUAUGAAUUGGGACAAAAGAUUGAGAGAAUAAUACGAUCCAAGUCACUGGCUCCCUUCAGAGCACAUGAAGCUUCUGAUGAUAAAGCAGCAACAUCAAACAGAAAAUCAUUGGACUUUAGCUUGACGACUAGACCGACACUGAAUGCAGAUGCAGUUAACAAUGCUGCAACUCCAGCAAAUGUCAGCUCCGAUAGUACUAGUCAGACGGGUGAUACUGGAGGAUUUAGCUCAUACUUUAGAAGUGCCUUUCAAAUGUUGUCCGAUGCUACCACGUCGGCCUCUACUGUUGCAUCAUCAUAUGCUGACUCUCUUCGCAAACAGUAUUCCAGGCCAAAGAAAUAUGUGCUGCAGUCGCCAGACUUUUAUGGCGCAGACUUUACGUCGGCUAGCAACCCUGUCGAUGGCGAACUCCUAGAAGAGCUAGAAAAGAGAGGAGAUAUGAAUGAUCGAGAUGCCAAGGAACGUGAAAAGGUCUUUUCCGAUAAUGGUAGACUGUUUUUACGGGCUCUAGACAACUUGGCCAAACUACGCAGUCGAGUUACUGGACACUCAGAGUCAGAAUCACUUUCUACCUUUGCUGAUGCUAUAGAAAAGGACUCCACACUACCACGAUUACCCGCAGCUCUCAUCAAAACAACGAAAGAAGGUGCAGAAUCGUCCAAUAAAUCACAGAAAAAGCAAACAGAGUUCGCUCAAGAACGUAUACCCAUGAUGGACUUUUCAGAAACCUUUUCCGCAGACCUGCCAGACUCUCCAGGAGUCUCUGUAUGGCGCAUAGAACGUCUCAAACCACAUAUACUAGAAUUACCACGUGGUCGUGGUCUGUUUUGUGAAGGAGAUGCAUACCUCGUCAUGAUGUCGUAUCGAAAUGAAGAUAGUGGUGCUUUAGAUCAUCAGAUAUUCACAUGGGUUGGUGCUUCCGCUGAAUUAGAUAAAAAGUUUUGUGCUGCCAUGUACUCUGUUGGGUUAAGGAAUCUGGUUGGUGCUGUAGGGCGUGUUGAACAUGAGAUAUCUCAUGAAGAAUCACCAGAAUUCCUGGGCUUGUUCACGACUAUAGAAUAUGAUGCAGUAGAUAUGGCUACAGAACCAGGCCUGUCACCUGUUGAAGAAAGGACGUAUCCAUUACGAUUAUACAAGUUAUUUGGAGGUCGUGAGGCCAAAAUUCGACUGGUAUCACCAUCAUCCGCGUCUCUGGAAUCAACUGCAGUUCUAGUAUUGGACUGGGGAAUGGAAAUAUUUGUGUGGACUGGAUCAAAGUCUAAAGUGCAGCAUCAGACCGUAGCCAAAAUGUUGGCUCUUGAAGGACAAGAGAAUGCAAGAUUCUUUGAACUUCUUGGAGGUCCUCCUGUGCAUGCAGCCAAACCAGAUCUCGACUCUGUGAUUGCUGAACGAGAAUUCCGAGACGCUGCUGAAUCCAAUCCAACAAUGUAUCGCGUCGAACCCAAAUCGUUGAGUGAUCAAGUUGAUAUGAAUGACUUGCUGGUUACAGGUGGUACUUUGAAACGCAUCAUGCUUCAAUCAGAAGGAUGUUAUGUUAUUGAUACCGCUGUCGAGUUGUUCUUAUGGAUUGGAAGACAUUCUAGUCUGGAUACGAAACAAGUGUCGAAUGAAUUUCUUGCUCGUGUUGUACCUGUACAGCCUAGGCCAAAAUGGAUGGGUUUCAACAGGAUGGCAGAAGGAGAAGAAUCGGAAGUGUUUAAGCUCAUGUUUAGAGAUUGGGAUGAACAUGCAUCUGAAGUAAACUGGCAGGAUGUCAAGUCAGGAAACGCGGACUUGAAGAAACGAUCCGUAGCUCCUUCACUUGGAGGCAUGCGAGUAGACGUAAGGGCACUAUACCAACCACCAGCCACAUUCGACGUUCAAACUCGUGCUAUAGAAGAGCUGUGCUCUCAUGCAAACCGUCUGUUGCUAUCCUUCUCCUCCUUUAUAUAUUCCCGUGGUCGAUUUGUACAGCUACCAGCAGAAGAACGUGGACAUUUCUUUGCUGGUGAUGCAUAUGUCUUUUUGUGUGUGUACCGUCUAGAAGAAGAAGGAGAACACAAGGAACGUGAAAAGAAACGACAAGAAGCUGCUACUACUAGUGGUACCAACACUCCUCCAUCAGGUCGAACGUCUGUAUCAUCUGCAUCUAAAGACUCCGUAAAUCCGAAAGACGAAAGUAGUGCUGCUUCUGCUUUAUCUCCAGUGGAGCCUGCCAUGCCGAAUGUAGAAGCUGUAGUAUACUUUUGGCAAGGAGACAAAUCCAGUAAACUAGCCUACUCGACCUUUUUAUUCAAGACACAAUUGGAAAUGGAGGACCUGAUGAAGGAAAUGUACAAGUGUCCAGUCAAAGUAGUACAUCUCGAACAAGGCCGUGAACCCAUAGCAUUACUAGCACAUUUAGAUAACAUGUGUGUGUAUCAUCGAGGAUCACGCAAGGACUGGUUGGAGCAACGAGCUGCAUCGGCCGGAAAUGAUGCACCAGUCAAUAUCUUUUCAGCAUCACAGGAACCAGCAGUUAUGUGGCAGAUCCGAACAGAUUUAAGGUAUAAAACGACACGAGCUAUACAAGUAACUGCCAAAGCCACGUCACUCGUCACUCGAGACUGCUUCUUUAUACAACUCCGUGAUCCAACACAAACCUCAUAUCUAUGGGCCGGCAAGGGUGCAUCCAAGGAUGAAGUGAAGCGAGCACAUAAUAUAAUACGUAAAAUAUUAGGUACUGGAUCACCAUCACCACUACCUUCGCUCCUUGGUAAUCCCGUAUCACCGCCCCUGUCUUCAUUGUCUCCAUUAAGUGCACCCGUUUCAUCAUCACACAACUCGUUACGUGGAGCAUUGACUGCCCUAACAUCAUCGAUAUGGAUGCCUGGAGCAGGAUCAGCCAAUCUCGUAAACGGAUCAUUUUACAGACAGGUGGAUGAAAGGCUUGAGCCUCGUGCCUUUUGGGAUGUAUUAGGUGGUAAACAACCAUAUUCUGCUGGCUCUGAAUAUUAUUAUGCACCAGUACCCAGAGUAUUACGAUGCUCGUGCUCUCGAGGCUACUUUUUAGUAGAAGAAGUCUACCACUUCCAACAAUCUGAUUUACGGUCGGAUACAUGCUGUAUAAUAGAUCCUGGAUCUGCCAAGUUGUAUGUAUGGGUUGGCUCUGAUACAUCCGAUGUCGUACGUAAACUAGCACGUAAAUCCGUUGAAGUAUGGCUAGAUAAUCUGGAUGAUGGGCGUAUGAUGGCUCCAGAUGGUGGUGUCAUGUAUGGAAUACCUGAAGCCAUAACCAACAAAUUCUCGCGGGAUACUGUUUUUGCUAAUGAUCCCAAAACUCGUCGCCAACACUCGGAAUCUAUAUCAUCCGCCACUCGCACUGCCAUACUACGUAGAAUGAAGUCACGAGUUACUGGAUUGAGGAAUGAAGGAGAUGUAUUGUUUAUAAGUCAAGGUGAUGAGCCUAUAGAGUUUAUUGCCUACUUUCAUGGUUGGGAUGCUGAGCUGUGGAAAAAGGUCGCCAACCCGACGAAUGCCUUUUUAAGGGAGGAGACUGCCAAGAAACUGGAAUACCAAACUCAGAAAGCCGAGGAUGAUAAAUUGAAACGUGAAGUGGAGGAGUCUGAAGCUAGAUUACAGCAGAAGCUUCAAGUUGAAGAAGAGGAGAUUAGGAAACUCAGUCCACCGGCAUCACCCCACUCGUCAAGGAAUUCAGUUGCUGUCACGUAG